GUCGCGCGCGCAUGUGAUUCAGACCCAGCUAAUGGAUGUCAGAGAUGUGAGCAUUGUUUGUACUCUUCGAGUACUCUGCAGCGCCGAUGAGUACAGGGUUUUUAUUUUUUUAACUCUCCCAUUUCAAACUACUCUAAUCCCUGUAUGCUCCGAUUUCUCCCUCUAACCUGAGUCCAUUUCGUCUUAAUCGGAACCGGCCAUGACCGUGGAGCAGAAUGUCCUGCAGCAGCACUCUCAGAAGCACCAGCAGACAUUACUGAACCAGCUGAGGGAAGUUACUGGAACUACAGAUGUUCAGCUGUUACAGCAGGCACUGCAGGUCAGUAAUGGUGACCUAGCCGAGGCGGUGGCCUUUCUCACCGAGAAGAACGCCAAGGUCCCACAGCAAGAUGAAGCCACAUAUUACCAGACGGCCCAAAUCACCAAUGAUCGAUACAUCAGUGUGGGCAGCCAGGCUGACACAAAUGUAAUUGAUCUCACUGGAGAUGAUAAAGAUGACCUUCAGCGGGCCAUCGCUCUCAGUCUGGAGGAGUCAAACAGGGCCUUCAGGGAGACUGGCAUCACUGAUGAAGAGCAGGCUAUCAGCAGAGUCCUGGAGGCCAGCAUUGCUGAGAACAAGGCCAGCCUGAAGCGCACACACACAGAAGUAUGGAGCGAUUCACCCAACCCUCACGAUAGGAAUAGGCAGGAGAACUGUCCCGUAGGGCUGAAGAACGUGGGGAACACGUGCUGGUUCAGUGCAGUUAUACAGUCUCUUUUUAACCUGCUGGAGUUCCAGAGGCUGGUGUUGCAUUAUUCGCCCCCUGCACGAAUGCAGGACUUGCCCCGCAUUCAGAAGGAGCACAGGAACCUGCCCUUCAUGCAGGAGCUGAGGCAUCUCUUUUCUUUGUUGGUGGGUUCCAAGCGAAAGUAUGUGGACCCAUCCAGGGCCGUGGAGAUCCUCAAAGAUGCCUUUAAGUCCAGUGAAUCUCAGCAGCAGGAUGUGAGUGAGUUCACCCAUAAACUCUUGGACUGGCUAGAGGAUGCAUUUCAGAUAAAGGCAGAGGAGGACAGAGAGGGUGAGAAGCUGAAGAACCCGAUGGUUGACCUGUUUUAUGGCCGUUUUCUGGCUGUUGGCGUCCUGGAAGGAAAGAAAUUUGAAAACACUGAGAUGUUUGGACAGUACCCUCUGCAGGUGAACGGCUUCAAAGAUCUGCACGAGUGUUUAGAAGCAGCCAUGAUAGAGGGAGAAAUCGAGUCUUUGCAUUCUGCCGAGAACUCUGCCAAAUCAGGGCAAGAGCAUUGGUUCACAGAACUCCCACCGGUUUUGACCUUUGAACUGUCUAGGUUUGAGUUUAAUCAAACCUUAGGCCGACCUGAGAAGAUUCACAACAAGCUAGAGUUUCCCUCCAUGCUAUACAUGGACAGGUACAUGGACAGGAACAGAGACAUCACACGGAUAAAACGAGAGGAGAUCAGAAGACUAAAGGAGCACCUGACUGUUCUCCAGCAGCGACUUGAGAGGUAUCUGAGCUAUGGCUCAGGGCCCAAGCGGUUUCCUCUGGCCGAUGUUCUUCAGUAUGCCAUGGAGUUUGCGUCCAGCAAGCCUGUGUGCACGUCGCCUGUGGAGGACAUCAAUACAACAGCACCACCUGCUGGCACGACUGCACAUCUGCCACCUCCUGCAAGCACAGGUGAGCAGCCGGAUACAUCUGUCCCAGCCGAGGGCUCCAGCUCUGGUCCACAGGCACAGCAACGGGUUUCGAUCCAUAAACCGUUCACUCAGUCUCGUGUGCCCCCAGAUCUACCUAUGCACCCUGCCCCACGGCACAUCACAGAGGAGGAGCUGCGGGUGCUGGAAGGCUGUCUGCACCGCUGGAGGAGUGAGGUGGAGAACGACACCAGGGAUCUGCAGGCCAGUAUAUCUAGAAUCCACAGAACCAUUGAGCUUAUGUAUUCUGACAAGUCUAUGAUGCAGGUGCCGUACCGGCUACAUGCCGUUUUAGUCCACGAGGGUCAGGCUAAUGCAGGUCACUACUGGGCAUACAUCUUUGACCCACAUCAACAGCGAUGGAUGAAAUACAAUGAUAUUUCGGUGACAAAGUCAUCCUGGGAGGAGCUGGUGCGAGACUCGUUCGGUGGAUAUCGCAAUGCCAGUGCAUACUGCCUCAUGUACAUUGAUGAUAAGAAGCCCUUUCUUAUCGAAGAAGAGUUUGAUAAAGAAACCGGGCAGAUGCUCAGCGGCUUGGACAAGCUCCCUCCUGAUCUAAAGGAGUAUGUGGAGGCAGAUAACAAGCUCUUUGAGAGAGAGAUGAAGGAGUGGGACGCUCUUCAAGCACGCAAACUCCAGCAGGAGAAACUGGCAUUGGCCACCGCCAGUGUGGCCGCCCAACCCAUGUGCACUGAACCCUGCCCUCCAGACAACACCGGUGAGCCUUUCACAUGUCUGAAUCUGAAACACCUGUCCUUAACUCAUGGAAACUCAUUCUGUGCUCCCUCAGCAGCCCCUCAGCAUGACCCAGAGUACAUGGAGCAGCAGUCGCCCACCGGAGACUCCAAACACCUGCAGGAGGACACAGAGAGAGCCAUCAGCAAAGCUGCAGCUGAGCAUGAUGAGAGGAGUCCAGAGGCCCUGCUCAACACAUCUCAGUCAUCACAUCCUGACAGCGAGGUGACCUCUGACCCCUGUCCUCCCCUUGACCCUGAGCAGGACGACUCCGCACCUCAGCAGGUGGUGGAGGUGGCCAUUCCUAAUGUAGGAACCUUUGUCAUUCAGUCGAAGGAGGGAGGUUAUGAUGAUGAGGCGAUGAUGACCCCAAACAUGCAGGGUGUCAUAAUGGCCAUUGGCAAAUCCAGGAGUGUUCAUGACAAGUGUGGGCCUGAAGCAGCGUUCUUCAAGGCAAUGAAAGUAGAGUACACUCGUUUGCUGAGGUUAGCUCAGGAGGACACGCCCCCCGAGAGGGACUACCGACUGCAGCAUGUCAUUGUUUACUUCGUUCACAACCAGGCACCCAAAAAGAUUGUGGAGAGAACUCUGCUCAUGCAGUUCGCUGACAGAAACCUUGGCUUUGAUGAGAGGUGUAAGAGCAUCAUGAAGGUGGCACGUGCUAAACUGGAGCUCAUUAAGCCUGACGAGGUGAACAUGGAGGAAUACGAGAUGUGGCAUCAGGACUACAGGAAAUUCCGUGACACGACAGUACUUCUGUUAAUCGGCCUGGAAUUAUUCCUAAAGAAAAGUUACGUGGAAGCAUUGAUGUACCUGAUCUACGCCUAUCAGUACAACAAAGAGCUCCUGGCAAAAGGGCCAUACAGAGGCCACGAUGAGGAGCUGAUCGCCCAUUACCGCAAAGAGUGCCUGCUAAAGUUGAACGAACAUGCGGCUGUCCUCUUUGAGACAGGCGAGGAGAUUGAAGUGAAUGCAGGUCUGAGCAUCAUGAAUGAGCUGGUGGUGGCCUGUAUUCCACUGCUGCUGGUGGAUGAGAUGGAGGAGAAAGACAUAGUGGCUGUCGAAGACAUGAGGAACCGAUGGUGCUCGUACCUGGGCCAAGAAAUGGAGCCGAAUCUCCAGGAGAAGCUGACCGACUUCCUUCCCAAACUGCUCGACUGCUCAACAGAGAUCAAAAGCUUUCAUGACCCUCCCAAACUACCUUCAUACUCCAUGCUGGAGCUUUGCGAGCGUUACGGCCAGGUCAUGAGGUCACUCACCCUGAAUCGAACCCCCGCAGAUGGCAGAUGAGCUGCGCAGACUUUGUCUCCCUCCACUAACACACGCCUUCCUUGAAAGCAGGGGUUUCCCACACCUACCGACCUUUCUUUUCUCUAUUGCUGCUAGAGAUUUUAUCUUUACCCUUAUCGGUAUUAUUAAUAUUAUUUUGAGGAUUCUGUUAUAUUUUAAAGCUAACGCAACAGUAAGAACAGUGUGAAACUGUACAGAGACGAAGAAGAAGCAUUAGAAGGAUAGCCAAAAAAUUGGGUCAUCAUUUAUUCACCUUAUGUUGUUCCAAACCCAUAUGAAAAGGAGAUGUCUAGAAGAAUGUUCUAGCUGCUGGCGCCAGGGACAGCCGUGGUUGGAAAGAAGAAAAUCAUAUGGGCUCUAAACUACUUGAGGGUAAAGAAAUGAUGAUGGUUUUUAUUUUCGAGUAAACCUCAAAGAGAAUAGUGGGUAUCAUGAUGGCGUUUUAGACAUUGGCGCAUGCAGCUUUAGCUUUGUGAAACGAGGUUGAGGAUUCAUUUCAAUAUUUUGUUUUAUUUUCAUUUGAUGUUCCCUCAUCAUCCCUCUUCACAUAAAAAGCAGAUCAACCUGCCGCGGUGCCCUCGGUUUAUUAGUGUUACUUCAUUGUAUUGUUUAAUUUAGUUUUUUCUAUGGACGUUGAGUCAAAAAGCUGGAGGCUCUCAGACGGGGUCUGCGGACCUGACAACUGGGACUUUAACACAAGUUUUAAGUGCUGUGGUUGGCAGCCAUGGGAAAUACUGUGGCUUGUUAAUAAAUUGAGAGAAUAAAAUUUUUAUUUAUGGCUCUUUUAGACCAGAAACAUAUUUUUUUUAAUGUUCCUAAUCUUUAUUGAACUUCGCAUUGAAUGAAACUGUGCUGUACUGCUUUGGGUAUCUCAAAGAGAACAGAGUAUGUUUUCCCCAUGGACUGCACCUGAAUCCUUUUUAGACUCUUCCUGAGUUAGGUUUACCACAAAAAGUUUCAUAGAAACUGAAAAAGCCUGGUAUUGAGUAAAAGGGCACAAACACUACUGCUUUCCCAAAGAAAACUGGUAAGAACACUAUACUGAAUCUUUCACAGUCAGUUGCUGUGCAUUCGUAGUAUAAUGUGCAGAGUAAAUAUGCUUUGUUGCAUUGUUUCAGGAUAGCUUCAAGUGGGCUUUGAUGCCAAGCAUCAACUAGAACUGAAAGUUUAGUGUUCACACUGGUGGAAAAUUCCUGAAUUGAUGCACUCAGCAUCAUUAUUGUACAUACUUACACCCUUAUGUUUGUGUCAGAAAGUGUUUGUUUGUUUGUUUUUUUCUUUGAUCAGAGCAGCUUGUUCAGCACAUAUGACUUUCAAGGCUAUUAAACAAAGCUGACACAAAUAAACCAACCAAAACUGACUGUAAA